GAAAGUAGCAGAGUUGCACGUUUAUAAAGCAUGGCUGAGCUACUUACACGUAAAGACAAGAACCAGAUAUCACAAUGGAUUGGCAGGGACAGUCAGUUUGAGCUCCUGUACAAAGUAAGCCGUGACGGGCAGUCUUGCAAGAGGUUCCACGAAUUAUGUGACAAUAAAGGACCCACAGUGACCAUUUUCUACAACACGGAUAACAACGUGUACGGGGGGUACCUGUCAGACAGCUGGGAGAGUACUGGGAGCUGGUGUACAGACCAGAAAGCGUUUCUAUUCAAAUUACAUUCUGCUGGCAACUGGAAACCAGUGAUGUUUCCUUAUACAAGUGGACAAACUCAUUUUAAAGCAGACAAUCACGGACCAUGGUUUAAUUUGUUGCCUUCAAUUUACUCAGGUUAUAUUAAGAUCAGAUCAGCAAAAGACUCUUACGAGUUACAUAAUUCUUCCCUUUUUGACGGGCAAGGAUUUGACUUGAAAGGAGAGACUGCUCAGUCUGUUGCAAACGGCCACAACAACGUCACCGAUCUGGAGGUCUACCUGGUCAAAGAUGGAUUGCCAGAUGAUGAGAUGGAAUCUCCCUGGAGGGACUCAUCGGAGUGGAAUUCACAGACUUUUCAAGAAUUAAAAGAAUUUGUCGCAAAUUACGAGCCCCUCGAGGAGAUGAAGAUCCCAGAAGUCAACAUUCUACUGAUAGGACAGGUCAGCGCCGGGAAGUCCAGUUUCCUCAACACCAUCAACUCAAUCUUCAAGGGCGGGAUAUCCUCCCGCGCAUGCACAGGGAGCGCCGAAAACAGCCUCACUAAAAGUUUUGAAAAAUUCCGGAUCCGUGACCCAUCAACCAAAAAAUACCUCUGUUUCCGGAUUUGUGACACACGGGGCGUGAAGGAAGGGCUGUCCAUCAAAAGUGAAGAUCUGGGUUUUAUUCUGGACGGAAACCUCCCAAAUCAUUACACGUUUAACCCUGUAGAAAAAGCAUCAACAAAAACUCCAGGCUUUGUCAAAGAGCCCACGGUGAAGGACAGGAUACACGUGGUGGUGUUUGUAUUUGACGGUAGUACCCUGGACGUCCUGUCUGAGGGGGUUGUCUCAAAACUCAAGGAUAUCAAAAGUCUGGUAGUGGAUAGGGGUAUACCCCAGUUGGCUUUUCUAACAAAGAUGGACAAGAUUUGUGAAACAGUAAACAAAGAUGUCAGCAAAAUGUUCACGAGCAGUGUCGUAGAAGAUGCCGUCAAUAAAGCCGCUGACAUCAUCGCUAUCCCAAGAUCCCAUGUACUUCCGGUCAAAAAUUAUGAGAAGGAAUCUCAACUGAAGACGGAUAUAAACAUCCUUGCCCUGACAGCUCUACGACAGUCGCUCAUGUUUGCAGACGACUUUCUGGAAAACCAGUAUGAACUGGAACAAGAAAACUCGCAGACGUUAAACAUACGGGACUGAGACUGAUUCUGGUGCUACCUGGUUCAGUGGAAACGCUUAUAACUAAAUAAAUUUUCUUAAGAGUAAUUCCAGCCUGUUCUUAUUUUGGAGAUCAAACAAUAUAGUAUUUAUCUGAGCAUUUUCUUUUCAGAGAAUUUUUGCUUUAUUGUGAUUAUAAAUAAAAGGAGAUUUUAAA